AUGUCUGCCGAAGAUAAGAUUGUCGAAGUCUCAGAUGAGCAAAUCCCAGAGGGAUCCGAAGUCUCCGUUAUUUCCAAGGACGAGAAGAAGGCCAGAGCCCUCAUCUCCAAGCUCGGCCUCAAAGAGGUUCCAGGUAUCAGCAGAGUCACCUUCAGAAGAAGAGGUGAGAUUGUUGCCAUUGAGAACCCUUCUGUCUACAAGAGUCCAGCCGGAUCUUACGUCGUCUUUGGUGAGGCUAAGGUCGAGGACUUGGCCAAGAGAUACGAGGAAGCUGCUGCUGCCGAGGCCGCUGCUGCCGCUGCCGGUGGAGCUCCAAAGGACGCCGACUCUAUCACCGCCGACUUACAAGCCUCCGCUUUGGAGCGUGAGCACAACCACGACCAUGCCGGUCACGACCACUCCCAUGACGAUGAGGACGAUGGAGAGGUUGACCUAACCGGUUUGGUUGCCGAGGAUGUCGACAUUGUCGUUGAUCAGGCCCACUGCUCCAAGUCCAAGGCCGCUAAGGCCUUGAGAGAGCACAGUGGUGAUGUCAUCAACGCCAUUAUGUCUCUGGUUUAA